GAGGAAAGAAAGAAAGAAAGAAAGAAAGAAAGCAAGCGGCUGGGGUGGGGGGCAGAGUCUCGGUACUAAUAAUAACUGAGCAGCACCAGGACAAUAGAGGAGUGUUUCACUGGCGGAGAACGAUAAGACACAGCUGUAAAAAUGGGGAGAAAAUCCAACAAAGCUAAGGAGAAGAAAGCCCGGCGUCUGGAGGAGAGGGCAGCGAUGGAUGCUGUGUGUGCAAAGGUGGAUGCAGCCAAUAAGCUUGAUGACCCUCUGGCGGCCUUCCCAGCCUUCAAAAAGUACGACAGAAAUGGAUUGAACCUGCAGAUAGAGUGUAAGAGAGUGACCUCCCUCAACCCGCUGGCCGUGGAGUGGGCCUUCGAACUCACAAGAGCCAACAUGCAGACACUAUACGAGCAGAGCGAGUGGGGAUGGAAGGAGAGGGAAAAAAGGGAGGAGAUGAACGACGAGAGGGCAUGGUACCUGCUGGCCCGUGACGCUGACUCCACCCCCCUGGCCUUCUCUCACUUCCGAUUUGACGUGGAGUGCGGGGAGGAGGUUUUAUACUGCUACGAGGUACAGUUGGAGAGCAAAGUGCGGAGAAAAGGGCUCGGCAAGUUCCUCAUUCAGAUACUGCAGCUCAUCGCUAACAGUACACAGAUGAAGAAGGUGAUGUUGACGGUCUUCAAACACAACCACGGGGCUUACCAGUUCUUCAGAGAAGCUCUACAGUUCGAGAUCGACGAGACCUCGCCGAGCAUGUCUGGCUGCUGCGGCGACGACUGUUCCUACGAGAUCCUAAGCAGGCGGACCAAACACGGCGAGGCCUCGGCGGGCCACACCCACGGCGGCGGGCACUGCGGCGGCUGCUGCCACUGAUCGGCCGCAGCGCAGCCAACCACCCUCGCCAUCGGUUAAAAGCUGACAACUUUUGGAAAGCGGCGUGUGGAUGUUUUUUGGGUUUGAACGGCCCAGGGGAGCCGUCAGAAGCGAGCCGCGGGUGGAAUCUCUGGCUACAGAUGCUGAAAAGUGUUUUUCAGGAUUCUGUUUUGUGUGUGUUUGUUUUAUUACUGCUGCAAAGUCAGCAAGCAGCUUGAGCUUUUUCUCCUCUCCAACUUAUUGACCUUUUUUCGCUUCCAUUCACUCAUACCUGUUGAUAGGUUUCCUCAGUCUGGCUGUAAGGUAAUGCCAACGUCGAUCCAUCUCCUCGCAUCCUGCAGUGUAAUGAGUCAUUUUGAUUCUUGAACUGUGGCUUAGGACCCAAUACCGGUGCUGGUUUCUUUUUGUGCUGUAGUCAGCUGUAAAGCUUUAAAUCAUUUCCUGACUUGAGACAACAGGUGUAAAAUAUGAAUGAGUGUAGGGUUUUACUGUUUCUGGAGGGCUGCAUGGAUGUUUCUCCCUGCCUUAUGGAUACAGGCGCAGGAUUGCCAUCAUCUGCAGCCCCAGUAAUUAUACAUCAAAUCUUGAAAAUAAUCCCGUAAUUUCUCUUUCUUAUUGUCGUUUUUAAUCCAGAAAGUAGAUUACUUAUUCCUUUCCUCUCUUUAAUGUUUUAUGAUACUCCUCUACUGAAACUUAGUCCAGUUUGCCUCAUUUUUCAGAGGUCCAGAUACCAGUGUUAAUGCCAGGUCAGAACUUUACAUACACUCGCCAUCAGCAUGAACAGCAAUCAUUUUGGCCUUAUAAGGAAUUGUGCAGGGUGGAAUUAAUAUACAAGGUCAAAUCCAACUUGGUUUAUUUAAAACAAACUGCAGUGACUUCUAAAAACCAGCUUAAAAUCUAAUCCACACAGAGAAACUAAAUGUACACACAGGCUCAAAUAUUUACAUACACUCCUGCUAAUGUUUGGUUAAUCGUCCUUUAACAGUUUGCACCUCGAUCACGUGCUUUUUUUCAGGCCAUCGCCAAGCUUCUGGAAUAAUUUCGGUUAUUUUGUUUGCCACUCAUCAGAAAUGGUAGAGGUUGUUUAAAUGGGUUGAUUUUCCUAGUACAGGCCGGGUUAUUAGUCAUAGGUCACAAAUGUUCAACAGGGUUGAAGUCGGCGCCUUUCCAAAAUCUCGAUGUUGGUCUCCAUGUUUGGAUGUGUGUUUCUGAUCGUUACCCUGUUGGAACACCUACUUGUCUCCAAGAUGGUACAAAACAUAUUGUUAUUGUGGCUCAAAUAGCUAUUUUAUUUUCUUCUGACCUUUAACCUUUUCUUCACAAGGCGUUUGCUUGUUGAUGUGGGCUGAUAUUGAGCAAGGUGUCCAUUUUGAAGCAGGCAGCUUCUUAUUAUAAAACAGGCUACUAUUAAGCCUCUGGAAUGAGCUUUCCAAAGCUAAACCUCAACACAUUUGAGGAUUGUUCCUCCAGGAAACCAACUAAUUUUUAGAAACUCUACCAUAUCUAAUAAGAGUUGUCAAAUAUCCAACCAGAAUUACACCAGAAGCUUGUUGAUGGCUAGACAAAGCGUGUGGUUGAGGUGCAACUUUGCUGUGCAUAUUUGAGCCAGACUUGUGUACUAAACUCGUGGAUAUAUUUGCUCUAUAAUCAGCCUUCCCUGGAAAAAGAGCUGCUUAAAUAAACCAAUAAAGAGCCAACCUUAACAUAUUCAUGAUGAGUGAAAGCAGACGUCUGACCUGAUCCGUAGCUGCUUUCAAAAAACUUCUCUAAAUAUGUUACCUUGAGCAAGUCUGUAUUGAUUUGACCAAAUUCAGGUUUGGAGGAGUAGAAACAGUCCUUUGCAUGGAAACUAACCAUCAUUCCUUCUCUGUUAUUCAGUAUUAACUUGUUUUUUAGAUAUUUAUUUUCUCGCAUGAUGUAAACUGAUGUCGGAAAAAGACAAGUCCACAUAUUGGUUUCACAGCAGCUCUGAAAUUCUUGUUUUGCAAAUUUUCUAAAUCAGAAAUAUGUCCAACAUGCAUGACAUUUAAAGUUAAUUUAGAGGUGCAGUAAGUUAUUAGGCACAUAUGUAUAAUGUUAAUCCUGCAAAAAGUAAAAACAUUGGGUAUGUCAGACUGAAAUAAUGUCUAAUAUCAAGUCAGAAACCCUGUUUUGUUUUCUUUAUUUUUGCUUAUUUUGCCUCCGGAAGCUCUUUAGUUUUACCUCUAAUAUGUUAAGGUGUAAAAUGUGUGCAUGAGGAGUAAACUAUAGGAUAUGAAGAUUUCUCCAUCCUGCAGCGCAAUGAGGGCUUCAGAUUGGUAUGCUUCAAGUGGUUGUUUUUUUUUUUUGUUGGUCCAUUUAAGCGGUUCUAUCAAGUUUUUGUACGGUUUGGUGCCUGUUGUAACACGGGAAAAUGUGAAAAAUCACACUGGUCAGAAAUGUCAUAAAUCGUAAAAAAUAAAAUGCAUGGCUGACUGAUAUUGAAACGAUUUGUGAAGUGAGUCUUGCUGAUUGUUUUCCGACUCGAAAACAGUAGUUUUGUGUCUUUCAGUGAUUAGGAACAGCUACCAGUUGAUUUGUACUAUAACUUACAUUUUUGUACCCUAUAGGUCACAAUUAAAACAGUGCUGUUCUGUGUGGUCUCUCCAUCUCUCUCUCUCUCUCUCUCAGGUCAGUCAGUCAUCUUUUCAGCUUCCUGUUGGCUCUGAUCUGGAGUCUGUUUCAUUUGUAAAAACGAACAUUUCAAAGACUUUCAACACAACCUGAAUAGUGAAAACACUGAAAUUCCUGCAAGUAACUUGUUCGGUUUUAGUUUGUUCCAGUUCCUUAAAAAUGUGACAUUGCAUGAGAGUAAAUUUAGAUCUGCUGCAGGCUGUGUUUUUAAAAUAAAAAUAAAGCCUCACUGGAGAUUGAGGAGGAAAAAAACCAACUCUUAAACCAGUUUAUUUUGAAAACGGUGAGUAAUUUUGUGUCUGAUCUUUCUCUUCAUUUUCCUUCUCUGUACAUAAGUAUAAAUAUAUAUAAGCUGUUUGAUCCAUCCUCUCGUCUCUUCUUGGCCUUUUAGAGUCAAAACGCUUUUUUAUAAAAACAUGAUGUUGAAUUAAAACAAACACUAUGUUUGAGAUCGUGUGUUUCAGUGGCAACGAAAGGGAACUCAUUCUGCCUUGUCAGUGUUUUAUUUGUAUGUUACAAAUAAAGGAAAGUUGUCUGACUUCAUAAAAAA